AUGGCAAGUGGAAGAAAUGAAGCGAGAAUAUAUAUGAUGGUUGUUAAUGAUCAUAGUGUUGGAUUUUUACCGAAUAAUAUCACUUCUGACAAGUUAUUUCAACGUGUAUUUGGUCAUCAUAUUUUUGAAGUGCAAAGAGCCGAACAAGACGAUACUUAUAUCACAAAACAUGGAGCCCAUCACGAUGGAAAAGUUCAUUAUGAAUUUAAUUAUCGAAACUAUUGUUUGCAAAUCUGCGAACGUCACGCACAAACGAAUGACAUAUUUGAAUUGAUUCCUCCCAAAUGUUUUGAAGACGAACAAGCUGAAAUCUUUGUCUCAAAUUACAGUCAUUGGUGGAAUGAUAAGACGAAAAUAGUAGAAUUUCGACCUGUUCAUUUUCAACAUGAAAAUUUUUUACAUGACAUUCAUUACAUAUUAGCAAUUAAGAAAGGAUUUAUUAGGACAAACAAUACUGAAAAUAGACAUUAUUUAAUUAAUCGAUCAUCAUCAUUUUUCAAAAAUUUAUUUACAAAAUAUUUUAUACGUCUGGACAGUGAACCCUAUGUAUACAUGUUAGCAAAGAAUGGUAUUAUUAACAUUCAUUUAUCUCGAUUAGGUAUUGCAUUUAAAUACAGUUCACAACACAAUACAAUAACAUCACGGGAAUAUUCCGAUAUGCAUGUCGAUGACAAUCAAUGUUUCGGUACGUUAACAGGUUUAAGAUCGGGUCUUCUACUUUCAGUAAUGGCAGCUAUUGAACUUACGUAUUCUACAGCCGACCGAUAG